AUGCCCUGUGAGGAAUUCCUAGUGGUCAGACUGCCUUCCCUCUCCAGUUCUUCAUAUGCCCUUGGUCAGACUGCCUUCCCUCUCUGUCCAGUUCUUCAUAUGCCCUACUGCCUUCCCCUCUCUGUCCAGUUCUUCAUAUGCCCUGUGAGAGGAGUGGGACUGCCUUCCCCUCUCUGUCCAGUUCUUCAUAUGCCCUACUGCCUUCCCCUCUCUGUCCAGUUCUUCAUAUGCCCUGUGAGGAAUUCUAGUGGUCAGAUUGCCUUCCCCUCUCUGUCCAGUUCUUCAUCAGAUGCCUUCCCCCUGUCCAGUUCUUCAUAUGCCCUUGGUCAGACUGCCUUCCCCCUCUCUGUCCAGUUCUUCAUAUGCCCUGUGAGGAAUUCUAGUGGUCAGACUGCCUUCCCCUCUCUGUCCAGUUCUUCUAUCAGACUGCCUUCCCCCUGUCCAGUUCUUCAUAUGCCCUGUGAGGAAUUCUAG